AUGUUCGGGCUAAAACGCGUGAUACUAACGUUGGUCACAGUGCUGAUACUACACAUUUCCAGUGCGACGUACAUACACGCCAGAAGACACUGUGCACUUGGGUAUACAGCACUGAGACCAUUUCUCAGAAGGCCGACCGUCACCAAACGCACGUCGCGUGAGGAAAAAAAGCGAAGGUCAGAAUUCCACAAACAGUUACAUAAGGAGCUUCGCAUGAAAUACUGGGAACGCCUGGAUCCGGCCGUAAACACCAUCAUACAGUUCCAGCCAGAAAGACAGGCACCCAUCGACCCUAAAAGGGCGUUCGUAGUUCAGGAAGCUAUACCAAGGCUAGUAAAAUUAACGGAGCAACAAACCAACUGCUCUCUGACAGCCGAGCAGUCGGAGGCAUUUGACCGACGGGCUGGAUUGAAGCUUCUGUGUGACAUCAAGGCGGUCUUCUCCUUUAUCGCAGAAACAAUCAAUACCGAUGGCCACUUCAAGGACUUCAAGUUGAUGGCCUCGCAGGAUCAACUACCCAAACAGCACGCAGAUGUCAACUAUAUCAUGUCACUUCUGAAGGUCCAGACGGAACCGGAGCCGUCGACGGAGUGUACCGAGUAUCUCGGGCACCUUGCACAACUGGCAGAGCUGCACCCCAUAAUGACGUGCAGAAUUCCUUUCCCAUGCGUACUAUAUCAUCAAGGACUGGCACUUGACGAGGAGAAACUUCCUCGCGCUCCUGCGCAAUCACCUGAGACUUGUUGCGAAAAUGAAGAGCGCUUCUUUCGAUGCCGACUGCGACACUUUCGAGGUAAGCGGCAUGCAGACAAAUAUUGCACGACUAUGCAGAAAACACUCAACAAGGUCGCAACGGAAUGGAAAAGAGAUGAUAAGGAUGCCUUCAUCGAUGAGCUGGAGGUCGCACAACAAAUGGCGCCCAAGGCGCUUACAGCAGCAAUACACAAUCCCUACAAAGCGUCACAGAGCGUGGUUCCGUACUGCGAGAUCGCAGUCGCUUAA